GUAUGUAUUUUAAAUCGACCGCUUUUUAAUACUUGCGUCAUUUUUGACCUGGUUGUACUGAUUAUACGGGGAAUUUUGUGUGUUUUCUUAUCUUUCAAUACUCAUAAUAAAAAUAUCAUUCUGCAGCUAGCUGGUUCACGUAAUGUGCUGUGAUUUGGAUUUUGUUUCUAAACUUCUAAAACGGAAGAAGGUAUAGUUUUGUAACCAAAUAGUUUUCUUAGGUUUCGCUCAGUUGUAAUAAUUUUUUUAACUCCAGUGAAUUAAACUUUUCAAAAUUAUGAAGCUUCUUGGAAAAAUUAUCUUAAUCUUAUUGAUAGGUUUCGCUUACACCCAGUAUUUUGAAUUAUUCCUUGGUAAGCAGAUCCUAGAAAAACUUGAACGUAAAUGUGAACAAGCUGGGUUAUCUGAAGUAUUUCAGUCUCUUCAGGAAAUGUCUCGUCAAGUUACAACAUGCCUGGAUGGCAAACAACUUAAUUUAAAUCCAGAUACAAUCGUUGAAGAAUUUUCUCGUGCUGAACGAACUUACGAGCUUCUUAACUUUUUUAAGAAAUACUGUAAAGUUUGGCCUGAAGUUCAUGGGUGUAUUCAGCCUAUGGUGACUUCUACUGAAAAAUGUUUGACUAGCGAUGAAAAGCGCACCGUUGAAAAAACACUUUCCCUCGUCGGUGACACAAAUACUUUCUUAUGCGAAAACAAUGCCUAUCGCAUUAUAAGACUACUUGUCGGUGGAGUUACGUUAUGUCUAAACUCUGUAGGUGAAGAUAUCAAAAAAUGUGCAAUAAUUUUCGUGUCCAAACCAAUCAAUAAUCUCUUGUUUGAUGCAGAGACUUGUAGCGACUUUCAGGCUGGGCGUAAAUGCAUCACCUCAAGCGUAUCAAAAUGUGAAUCAAAAGAUCCAUCCGAAGUCGUAGGUGACUAUUUAACACUGGUUCAAGAUAAAGUUUGUAGUUCAGCAUCAAACUUAGAGUACCAGUUACCAUUUCCUCUAAUCAAUAAUACCACCGAACUUCAGCAAAAAUUCCACCGCAGUUCAGCGUCAAGCUUGUCAUGGUUUUCGUUAGCUAAUAUUUUGUCAUUGGUACGAAUUUAUUUGUACUCUAGAAUGUUUUAAUAUGGUAUAUCAGAACUAGUUAAGCCACUAGCUAUUACGAAUAUUCUUCUAUAUAAGAGCUUCUGACCAAACAUCAUGACUGUGUAGGUAUGCAUAAUCAUUAUUAUUAUCCUUACCAGAUUAUUAAAAUAUAUUUUUUAAAUUAAAAAGUAAAUAAAGACACAAGUUAUUAUUGAA